AUGCUGCGCCAUACAGCGUUUGGGAUCACCUUCGUCCUCUGCAUCUCUUGUGUUCUGGGGAAAACAAUAGUGGUGUUGAUGGCCUUCAGGGCUACACUUCCAGGCAGUAAUGUCAUGAAAUGGUUUGGGCCUCCACAGCAGAGACUCAGUGUUCUGGCUUUCACUCUCAUACAGGUCCUGAUCUGUGUUCUCUGGUUAACAGUCUCCCCUCCUUUCCCCUACAAUAAUAUGAAGACCUAUAAGGAAAAGAUCAUUCUAGAGUGUGAUGUGGGUUCAGCUAUUGGUUUCUGGGCUGUGUUGAGGUUUAUAGGACUCCUGGCUCUCUUGUGCCUUGUGCUGGCUUUUCUGGCUCGAAAGCUGCCUGAUAACUUCAAUGAGGCCAAAUUCAUCACCAUCAGUAUGCUCAUAUUUUGUGCAGUCUGGAUCACCUUUAUCCCAGCUUAUGUCAGCUCUCCUGGGAAGUUCACUGUAGCUGUGGAGAUAUUUGCCAUUCUGGCCUCCAGUUUUGCAUAUUUGUACCAAAGUGUUCUAUAAUAUUUUUGAAGCCAGUAUUCAAUUCAAAGAAAUUUAUGAUGGUUAAUAUGCAAUCCAAGACCAAAUGAAUAAAUGUUUUGUUAUCGACAUGGAUAGCUUCUUGACAUAAAUUGUAUGCUACAAUAUAUAUAUAUAUUGUAUAAAUAUGUGUUCAGAAUUCCCUAGGCUCCCAUCUCCUUUCUUCAAUAAAUUACAUCAAUUUUGUUUUCAACAUUAAACUAUGCUACUGGAAACUCAUUCAACUGGAGCGUGGACAUUUCACUCCAUUGUUAUCCCCUAAUAUAGCGCCAAACACAGUUUCCAAAUGUUCAAGUUUCUAGCGUUUUCAAGCAUAUUUCUACCGCUAGACAUGUCCCACAUUUGUAGCUAUAUCAAUUAUCACUCGCAAGAAGAAAGUUUAACAACGUUGUUUUAAAUGUUAAGUUAUAUUGUAUGGUCGACCUGUGAAUGUUCUAGGGUUCGGGCUAUUUUAUCUUUAUUCGUUAAAAUGUAUUUGGUUUGGAAUUAUGUCCUGAUUAGUUCAAAUGUAUGUGGUAUUGGCCAUUGAGAUUAAUUGAUAGAUUGACAUAAUGUUAGCUAGGCCUAAUUGAUGAAACAGCCUGUUUAGCUGCUGCUAACAACACAAGUUCACAAUAAAUCUCACAGUAAAUACAAUAGACUAUACCGUACACUCAUCAACCUAACAAGGAAUACAAUUCAUCAAAGUAAUAUUUUUCCAUUAUCUAGUUAAAUUUGUUUCAUUCUCUAGCUAGUAACGUAACAUUUCACUCUCUGGAUUUCUAAAUCCCUUGCUAGGGAAGGCUAGCGGACUUUCAUUAACUCAUAAAAACAAGAAAACACAUAACAGGGUGUGGAUUUUUCUAUGUUUAGUUUUCUAUGUUUUUUGUUCUAGAUCGUUUAGAUCUAUGUUGGCCAGGGUGGUUCCCAAUCAGAGGCAGCUGUAGCUCGUUGUCUCUGAUUGGGGACCAUACUUAGGCAGCCUGUUGGCACCAGUUAGUUUGUGGGAUCUUGUUCCGUAAAGGUUUGUGUUGUUGUAACCUCAGGACUUCACAUAUCGUUUGUUUUGUUCGUGUGUUGUGUACUAAAUAAAAUGUACGCUUAUCACGCUGCGCCUUGGUUCCACCAGUCAUCAGUCAACGUUCGUGACAAUAACAAGGAAUACAAUUCAUCAAAGUAAUAUUUUUCCAUUAUCUAGUUAAAUUUGUUUCAUUCUCUAGCUAGUAACGUAACAUUUCACUCUCUGGAUUUCUAAAUCCCUUGCUAGGGAAGGCUAGCGGACUUUCAUUAAGUCAAAAAAACGAGAAAACACAACAUAACAUCUUGACAAAAAGGGUUGACAAUUUGGCUGUCCCCAAAGGAGAACCCUUUUUGAUUCCAGGUAGAACCCUUUUUGGUUUCACACAAUUUUUCAACAGGAUUCGACUUAAUCAUGUAAAAACGACUGAAUGAGCCCCCCCCAAAAAUGUGAUGAUUUAUUGAUUUUGAUGAUAUUAGUGAAAUCGUGAAAAUAUGUUUGUCUUGUCUAGUAGAAGUGAUGCAACCUCACAACUGGACACACCGGCACUACACCACACACUGCUAAAUAUGCAUAAAUAGUCAUAGCUAUAUGUUACAAAUGUGGCCAUGAUGCUUCAUACCCUUGAUAAGAAAUGUUAGGUGGUUCCUCACCCUGAGGGUCAGGAGAAACUGUAAUCCAUUCUCCACUUUUCUUAAAACGGCCGCAACAAACUUCAGCUAAAUUUAGCCACUGCUACAUUUUUAACAGGCACCGCAUUCCCCCCGGAAUCACUCCCAUGGAUUUUUAGCUAAAGGUGGCUAAAGUAAUGUCAGUGCCAGUAUAGUUAGCUUAAGUUUGUGGUAGCUGUUUAAAGAUCCUUACUGUGAAGUGUUACUUGUUUAUCGUUCCAUAAAGCCGUUCAAAUGUUUUUAAUGACAAUUCCUUUUUUUUAAAGGUUCUAGUCUCCCUCUCUGUGCAUUAGAGAGUGAUUAUACAGGCUUCAGCUUUCUCAAUAUACCUUUCUAUUGUCCUACAGUCACUUUUAAGCUAUGUGUACAGGAUAUAAUAUCUUUGUACCCACCAAGUGGUGCCAAUCCAAGACUGCCAGUGCUGAACCCUCAGGGAGAAGCAUCACUGAGUAGUUUUUCCAGUGGGCACACCUCCUGCCUGUCUAGACUCAAACCCACACACACAUCCCCAACAGGAACAGAGGUGUAUAUAAGACCCAGACAUAGAACGGAACCCGCUCACAAGAUGCUGAGUGAUCAUGUGUGGACUACAGAGGGUCAUACUCGGCUCAUUGCCAUUGCGCUGCAUCCACACAGCGUUUGCCUGUGAACUAUUGGGCCGGUUUGACAUGCCUAGUUUGUUCAAGGCAGGGGAUGUCAGACAGAACAGCACCGGAGAAGAUGGCUGCAGUUUUACAGCCCUCUAACCAAUUGUACUAUUAUGUGUGUUUUUCCGCGUUAUUUGUAAUUUAUUUUGUACAUAAUGUUUCUGCCAUCGUCUCUUAUAACCAAAAAGAGCUUCUGGAUAUCAGGACAGCGAUUACUCACCUCGUAUUGGACAAAUAUUUUUUCUUCAACGAGGCGGCCGCGAAGGAUAUCAUACAGACACCCGACAAGGCCCAAAUCCCCGUCAUUUGCGUGAGGAAGAGACAGAGAUAUCGCGGACGCAGAUCGGGGUGCCUUGUAAGGAUCCGACGGCGAGCGAGUAAACUGCCUCUUCCAUCAAUCCUAUUAGCCAAUGUUCAAUCUUUUGAAAAUAAAAUGGACGAUUUAAGAUUAUGGUUAUCCUACCAACGGGACAUUAAAAACUGUAAUAUCUUAUGUUUCACCGAGUCGUGGCUGAACGACAACAAUGAUAACAUUCAGCUAGCAGGCUAUACGCUACAUCGGCAGGACAGAACGGCUGACUCCGGUAAGACAAGGGGAGGCGGUCUGUGUAUAUUUGUAAACAACAGCUGGUGCACAAAAUCGAAUACUAAGGAAGUCUCGAGGUUUUGCUCGCCUGAGGUAGAGUAUCUUAUGAUAAGCUGUAGACCACACUAUUUACCAAGAGAGUUUUCAUCUAUAUUUUUCAUAGCUGUCUAUUUACCACCACAAACCAAUGCUGGCAUUAAGAUUGCACUGAAUGAGUUGUACAAGGCCAUUAAUCAACAGGAAAACGCUCAUCCAGAUGCAGCGCUCCUAGUGGCCGGGGACUUUAAUGCAGGGAAACUUAAAUCCGUUCUACCUCAUUUUUACCAGCAUGUUAAAUGUGCAACCAGAGGGAAAAAAACUCUAGACCACCUUUACUCCACACACAGAGACGCAUACAAAGCUCUCCCUCGCCCUCCAUUUGGCAAAUUUGACCAUAACUCUAUCCUCCUGAUUCCUGCUUAUAAGCAAAAACUAAAGCAGGAAGCACCAGUGACUCGGUUAAUAAAAAGUGGUCAGAUGGACGCAGAUGCUAAGCUACAGGACUGUUUUGCUAGCACAGACUGGAACAUGUUCCGGGAUUCUUCAGACAGCAUGAGGGAUUACACCACAUCAGUCACUGGCUUCAUCAAUAAGUGCAUCGAUGAUGUCGUCCCCACAGUGACCGUACGUACAUACCCCAACCCCAUGAUACAGAACCUCCCCUGAGUAAAGGUAAGCUCCGCUUCAGGAAACUCUAUCUCGUUCGACAGCCCUGAAGCAUGCAUGAGAGCACCACGUAGAUGACUAUGUGCACGCUCUCUUUGUGAGUAGCUUUUAAGGGUCACAUUCACAACCCCGGCCAGACUUACCAGGACGUGUACUCCGACUUCGACCACUGAAGUCUCACUGACAUUUGCAACACCUGACUGAGUCUGUAAUGCAUGUUCAGCAGACCACCAUAUCCCCGUUCCCAGGACUCAAGUAACCUUAAAGAUCACGACCCUCACUGACAUCUGUAGCCAUAAGCUUGACGACUGUCAUGGUCACAUCAACGUUAUCCAGAAACCCUAGACCCCUCAUUGCAUACGCCCCACGUCCACAAAUAUCAUCUCUACGCACUCACACUGCCCUUCACUGGCAGAAGACCCUAGUGAGAUCCAUGCAUGACUAACUCACAUUCACACCAUAUGCCCUCUAAGCUCAUCACUAACUGGAUCCUGGACUAACACCUCCUCUGCAACUGGAUCUGGACUUCCUGACGGCCCCCAGGUGGUAAGGGUAGUGUAACAACACAUCUGCCACACUGAUCCUCAACACGGGGGCCCCUCAGGGGUGCGUGCUCAGUCCCCUCCUGUACUCUCUGUUCACCCAUGACUGCAUGGCCAGGCACGACUCCAACACCAUCAUUAAGUUUGCCGACGACACAACAGUGGUAGGCCUGAUCACCGACAACGAUGAGACAGCCUAUAGGGAGGAGGUCAGAGAUCUGGCCGUGUGGUGCCAGGACAACAACCUCUCCCUCAACGUGACCAAGACAAAGGAGAUGAUUGUGGACUACAGGAAAAAAAAGAGGACUGAGCACGCCCCCAUUCUCAUCGACGGGGCUGUAGUGGAACAGGUUGAGAGCUUCAAGUUCCUUGGUGUCCACAUCACCAACGAACUAUCAUGGUCCAAACACACCAAGACAGUCGUGAAGAGGGCACGACAAAGCUUAUUCCCCCUCAGGAGACUAAAAAGAUUUGGCAUGGGUCCUCAGAUCCUCAAAAAAUUCUACAGCUGCACCAUCGAGAGCAUCCUGACUGGUUGCAUCACCGCCUGGUAUGGCAACUGCUUGGCCUCCGACCGCAAGGCACUACAGAGGGUAGUGCGUACGGCCCAGUACAUCACUGGGGCAAAGCUUCCUGCCAUCCAGGACCUCUAUACCAGGCGGUGUCAGAGGAAGGCCCUCAAAAUUGUCAAAGACUCCAGCCACCCUAGUCAUAGACUGUUCUCUCUGCUACCGCACGGCAAGCGGUACCGUAGUGCCAAGUCUAGGUCCAAAAGACUUCUCAACAGCUUCUACCCCCAAGCCAUAAGACUCCUGAACAGCUAAUCAUGGCUACCCGGACUAUUUGCACUGCCCCCCCACCCCAUCCUUUUUACGCUGCUGCUACUCUGUUAAGUAUUUAUGCAUAGUAACUUUAACUCUACCCACAUGUACAUAUUACCUCAACUACCUCAACUAGCCGGUGCCCCCGCACAUUGACUCUGCAACGGUACCCCCCUGUAUAUAUAGCCUCCCUACUGUCACUUUAUUUUACUUCUGCUCUUUUUUUCUCAACACUUUUUUUGUUGUUGUUUUAUUCUUACUUUUUUUGUUUAAAAUAAAUGCACUGUUGGUUAAGGGCUGUAAUUAAGCAUUUCACUGUAAUGUCUGCACCUGUUGUAUUCGGCGCAUGUGACCAAUAAAAUUUGAUUUGAUUUGAUUUUCCCUGUAUUCAACAAACAAGAGAACAGCAAUACCUCUUUUGUGAAGGAGCCUGCUGAAUUGAACUGACUCCCGAGUGGCGCAGUGGUCUAAGGCACUGCAUCGCAGUGCUAGCUGUGCCACUAGAGAUCCUGGUUUGAGUCCAUGCUCUGUCGCAGCCGGCCGCGACCGGGAGACCCAUGGGCGGCGCACAGUUGGUCCAGCGUUGUCUAAGGUAGGGGAGGGUUUGGCCGGCAGGGAUGUGGGUUUGUUUCCCAGGGGGCCUGUAUGAUUUUUAAAAAUAAAUAAACAUGUAUGCAUUCACUAACUGUAAGUCGCUCUGGAUAAGAGCGUCUGCUAAAUGACUAAAAUGUAACUGUGCUGGGUAAGUGUGAAACCAAUCUGUACCAUGAGAUAACGGUUGUGUCUCUCUCAUAGUCUGUUCAUUCUGAUUAUUAACUCAUUUUCUGACCUUUUCUUCUCCUGAAAAUCUGCUCUGGCAGAUUUGACUCGCGGGCCUUUCCCUGGACCCAAUGAUGAUGUUUAAGAUUGAUGAAAUAAACAAAGACAGUAGUCUACUGCCCAACGUAUCCCAAGGCUACAGGAUCCUUGACUCGUCUGCGUCUCUCACCAAUACUUUACGGGCUGCUCUGACGUUGGUUAACAUGCCAGAGGAGAUAGAGCCUACUGCCCCAUCCAUGCCCCCCUACUAUAUCUGCCCUUAUAGCUAA